AUGAUAUCACCACCAACAACAACAAAUGAAAUAGAAAGUAUACCAUGUAUUGAUUUUUCAAUAUUAAAAAAUAAUGCCAAUGAUAAUAUAAAUGGUAAAGAAAUUAUUUCAAAAGAAAUUAAAAAAGCUUGUAUAGAAUAUGGCUUCUUUUAUAUUUUAAAUCACAGUAUUGAACAAUCUUUAAUUGAUAGAUUAAUGGAAUUAUCAAAAAAGUUUUUUUCAUUACCAUUAGAUGUUAAAAUGAAAUAUAAAAUUAAUAUUGGUGAAAGUGAAUCUAAUUUAGGUUAUUUUUCAAUUGACCGACAUUAUACAGAUUAUAAAGAGGGUACCUUUUUAGAUUUAGAGACUAAUAUUAAUAAUGCAUCAAAUGGAAUAUCAGAAUUAUAUCCAACAAAAGAAGAAGAAGAGCUAUAUGAUAUUGUAGGAUUUAAAGAUACUUGUGAAACUUUUAUGAAAUGUUUAAAACAAUUUAGUAUUGAGUUGAUGGGAUUGAUCGCAAUAAGUUUAAAUUUACCAGAAGAUUAUUUUAAUGAUUUGUAUUUACAAAAUCCAAAUUUUAUUUUAGGUUUAUUAAAAUAUAUGUCAUUCGAUGAUGACGGUAGUGAUGAUAAAACCACCAAAUUUGGUAAUGAAUCUCAUUGUGAUUGGAGUUUAUUUACAUUACUUUAUCAAGAUGAUGUUGGUGGUUUACAAGCUUUAUCAAAAUCAACUGGUAAUUGGAUAAAUGUCAAACCAAUUAGUGGUUCAUUCAUUUUCAAUAUUGGAGAUAUGUUGGAAAUCAUUACAAAAGGUUAUUAUACUUCAAUGUUUCAUCAAGUAAUUUAUAAUACAUCUGGUAGAGAUCGUUAUUCAUUCCCAUUCUUUUUUAAUCCUCAACUUGAUAAACAACUAAUUCCGAUAAACAAUUUAGAAACAACAACAACAUCCAAAAUUGGAAAUUUUGUAAAGGAUCCAAAUAUAUUAAAUUUCAAAGGAACUUAUAAUGAUUAUCAUAUUAUUCAAAUGGAAAAAUCAUUUAAUAAAUAA